GGAGCAUGUUGAGAAAAUCGCCCCUUGCAACGCAUGGGCAUUUGUAGUAAAACAAAAAGAAAAUACUCCGUGACUCCUCUCAACCCUAAAUCCGCAGUUCAUCGUCGAUUCGCGUGCUUUAUCUCGCCGGCAAAAUCCUCACAGAUCCUCGGCGCACCCCGGCCUCUUUGUGCCUCGCUGCCCUCAGCUAGCCGCAGCACCAUUCUUCGAUGACUGUAAAGAAGACAGUGGUUGAUUGCACACGGGGCAUCAGUAGGGAGGAGAGAGCCAUAGCUAGAAGGAACAAACGUGAGUCCUUGAUUUCCAGUGGGAGUGAUGUCAGAAGAAAAAAAAAAAGAAGGGUUAGGAGGUUUCAGAAACAAACGGAAAAGAUGGUAAAAUUGCUAAAGGAAACACUAGCCGCAGAGGCUGCUGAGGCUGCUGAGGAAGCACGGCUUUUCAAUUUAGAGCACCCCCACCAAGUUGUUUCAAGCACUCCUUUCCAAGAGAAAGAGUUUGGUGAUAAGCCACUUCAAACAAUCAGGGCCAGCAAGGACAUAACUCCAGAUUUGUCUGCCAUUGUUGUCUCUCUUGCUCUGUUUGAUGGAAGCAGGAUGUUAUUUGCAUGCUCUGGCCUAGCUAUACCAUCCGGGACAACUAAACUAGAGCUAAGAAGAUUUGUGACUUCAAGACGUUUGGUUGAGGAAUUUAAUAAAAACCGAAAUAUAGAUGAUAAAUUGAGGAUUGACGUGUGCCUUCCAGAUAAUACACAUAUGGAUGGGUUCUUGGGACUAUAUGAUAAAGAUAUUGCUAUUGUCACGUCCUGCGACUUCACGUAUUGUGCCCCCACGAAAGAUGUCUGUCCUGUAAAUCUGGACCUUCAUGCGCCUCUGCCUUCUGAUGGUAAAAUAAUAGCAGCUGCUCGUGCCUUUGGAUCGGGCCGUUUAAUGGUCACAUCCGGGCUUCUGACUGGAAAUGGUAUUGCAAGAUGGGAACAAAUCACAGAGGCUGCACUUGGAGGGCCACUCGUCGAUCAAGAUGCGAAGUUUCUUGGGGUCAACAUUCGUGUCGAGGGCCCUUCUUCUUGGUUCCUACCACUGAUGGCUCUUUGUAAACGCUUGGAGAAUUUUCAGUUACUCAGUUCUAGAACUACGGACUUCCGUGGAUAUUCCUUGCCUCCAUUUGUAUCAAGCAUAAUCCCUUCAGGGUUCUGGUUUAGAAUUAAGCAGCUAGAUUCCCUUGGUUAUCCCAGGCCACCACCACUUGUUCUUGAAUUCAAUGGGGAAUUGCUCGAGACAUUUGAGGAGAAAUUUGGUCAAUUACUUGCAUGGAAAGGGUAUCCUUACAGCGUUUCGAACCCGCGUUCUAGGGAGUAUGUUUGGCCGCUACUUCCAAGAGACGUUGUUACAAACAUAUCCCGAAGUGUUGUCAAACUUGCGUCGUUCAAUGGAAGCGUGAGGUCUUUUGCAUGCACAGGCUUGCUAAUAAAGUGGCCUGGAACUGAAGGCACACGCACUGUCAUUCUCACUUCGGCAAGUUUAGUUAGAAGUCGUGAUGAUCACUUCAAGAUUGAUAACAACUUAACGAUUGAUGUGUUUCUCCCACCGAAACAACAUGCCAAGGGGACUUUGGUAUUCUACCAUUUAAAUGCUAAUCUUGCUAUUGUCAGUCUUGAUAAGGGUAUCCGUGGCAUUCGUCCAUUUGAUAUUUGCCAUAAAGGGGAUUUAUCUAAACCGGUAGUAGCUAUAGCGCGUAAAAUUGAAGCAGGGUUUUUAAUGGCCUCAAAAGGUGAAGUGGUUGAAUACAAUCCCCGCGACAGUUAUUUUGAAAAGCUUAUGCUGUCCACUUGUAAAAUCAACAAGGCUGGGAUUGGAGGUCCCCUUAUUAAUUUUGAUGGGGCAUUUGUUGGCAUGAAUCACUAUGAUGGAAGUGAAGUAACUCCUUUCAUGCCAAGGCGUGAGAUUGUUCAAAUUCUGAAAGGAGAGGUUAAUUGGCGAAGACAAAGUGGUCUCUCCAUGGACGUACUGCAUGGUGUUGGAUGUGGGAGUCGGAUACACCGGCGAAAGUGGCCUCUUCCCGAGCCAUACUGGUACCAUGGUUUACUUACUAUGGACAAGUAUGAUUUGCACCCGCAUAUUGGAAGACAACUCCAGUAGACGUCGCACUGUUGGGAGUGCUAUUGCCUCGUUAUCCUCCUGUUCGUUCUCCAAUGGAUCUGGUCGUAUUGUCUAUGAUGUCUCAUGUUGGACCAGUGUUACCCCUUAGAUAGUGGAACCAUUAGGGAUCAGACUACUGAUCCCUAGCUUCCUAAGGCCUUGUACAAUGAGGGAUGCUUAGGGGAGGUGCUUAGAGAAAUAAACCAGACUUUUCUUAAACACUGAUGCUUAUUUGUAUAGGAUAGACGCUUAACUAAGCGUCUCUUCUGUAGAAAUAGGCACUGGUGCUUCGGAAAAAUUCGGUUUAUUUUUCUAAGCAUCCCUCUAAGCACCUCUCAUUGUACAAGGCCUAACAGACCACUCUGUAGCGUCCGAUGCACAAGUAAACGUGGACUGGGUUGGCGUUUGUUAUACUACUAGAUAAUUCCCCCCCCCCCCCCCCC